UGUACCCAAAAUGGCUGCCACCAUCACUCAGAAUUCGCCGGUACCGCUAAAAUCCCUCCCAAACUUUCGCCCCGUUGUCCCAGGUCGGCUGUAUCGUUCCUCCCGCCCAGACCUGAUCACGGAGAAGGACUACGAGACCUUCCGGAGGCUGGGGCUACGCUCCAUCGUCGAUUUUCGCUCAGUAGACGAGUACCGCUCCUUCAAAGGGAAGACAAAGUUCGUGGACGAAGACUUCCGGGUUGUGAAAGUCAAGCCGCCCGCUAGGGGGGACCGCGCGAACGGUCUGCGAUACCGGUACUACAACAACGGGGAACCGGGGACCAACGGAGAUGUCAAGCCCGGGGGGUUUCACUACUUUAUCAACUUUUUCACCAUGCAUUACAUCUGGAGUGUCUUCACACGGGUUCCAUGGUAUAUGCAGCUAUAUUCUCUCAUGUACCUCGUGUACGAUCUCAUCUUCUGGACCCACUACAUUAACUUUGUCAGGUUUUUUGCCCGCAACUCACUGAACAAAGCAGGCCUGACCCAGCAGUAUGUAGACAUAGUAGAACUCAGCCAAGGAGCAAUAUAUUCAGCUCUGAAACUCCUGAGCGAUCCCAAGAACUUGCCUGCCAACCUCUGCUGUGCUCAUGGGAAGGACCGAACAGGCAUUGUGGUCACCAUGGUGAUGGCCUGUCUGGGCAUGUCUAGGGAGGACAUCAUUGAAGAGUAUGCCAGAAGUGAGGCUGGUUUGUCUCCAAUCAUUGGCCGGGUGCAGAAGGAGGUUUGUGAUCGAUUUCACAUGGACGUCAGCUUCAUCACUGCCAAGAAGGACACCAUGAGGGGUCUGCUGGACCACAUAGACAAACAGUACGGGUCCAUUCCUGAUUACCUGGAGUCUAUCGGCUUUAGCAGGGCAGAUCAGGAGCAACUCAAGAGGAACCUGAGAGCCUGAUGUUGCACUGCUUUAUAGCAAUGACUACAUGUACAUAAGGCCACACCAAUUCAAUUUGUUGGUUCU